AUGCGAACUAUUUCGCUGGUGAAUCGUCUCAAAUGGUCAUUCUCUGGCAACAUGAACCCACACGCCCUGGUGCUUGGCGAUGUCGACAAUGACGGUGAAAACGAGUUUGUCAUUGGUAACUUGAGCGGCGAUCUAGCUAUCUUCAAAGGGGAAUGUGCAAAUGGGCUGCCUACCUAUGUGUGUCGAGGUCUUGGAACGAUCACGUGUCUGGCUAUUGGUGACAUAAGGAACUGGGGAAGGAACUCUGUGGUGUGUAUCAAUGCUGAAGGACAAGCACACGUACUUGAUAUACCUCGUCAUCCUGCAGGCGCUACCAUGGACCACUUGGGACAUCAUCUAUCUGCCGAAGAAUAUCUCAAACAUGGUCGACGCACAUCAGAGACUUCGAGUAUCCAAGCAUUUCGACGUACAAUGAUGGCACAAGGUGCUGGUCUCGAUGAAGGAUUCAGAAGCGACAAACAAUCCAUCUACAACCUACAAAAGCCGAGUUUGACUCUCAAUGUACCUGUCAAUGUCAACAAGGUCCUUAUUGCUGAUAUAGACGGCGACUCACUGAAUGAAUUGAUUUUGGCGCGCACGGAUCGUAUUUUGCAUGCAUUUCAAUUGCAAACAGCAGCCUCUGAACUUCUCAAGGCGAUUGAUACGCCAUCAUCUUCGUCAGCAACCAACAGCGUACAAGGACAUGGAUCGACAUCAUUGCACUCAUCAUUCACUGGAUUAUCUUCCGGCAAAGACAAGCCCAAGCUCAUCACCACUUCCAAAAGUCCCAUGUCGGAUCCAAAGGAAAAGACGAACGUGUUGAGAAAGAGCAUGGCAUGGUCCAAAUCUUCACGAUCCAAGGAUGUUAAGGAGACCGACAACUUGGCACGUAAAUCAUCACAGACAUUGGAUGAGAAGGCACAUUUAUUGGAUAAGGAUGUGUGGAUAUUCGAUGGCCAGAUCACAUCCCUUUCGAUUGCCACCCAUCCCGAAAGACCCAAUGAACCCAUUCUACUUGUUGCGCAACCAGGAAACACCUUCACCAUUAUCGACUGCCAUGGCAACCGUUACAAUCGUGAUUUUACACCACAAUACACGCCAAGGACAUUUUAUGGUCGACAUCAAAAGCCAUCUUAUUAUGGAUCACAGCCUGGUACACCUGAUCAGACCAAAGAGAUGCCGACACCCAAAGCCAACAAUGCCACUACUACAACGACGACAACAACAACACCACCAGUCAAUGUGGAGAAGCCUAAAACGACUUCCAACAAGGAUGAAGAAGAUGACAUGUCAACUACACCCAAAGCUUCGGUCGCCAAUCAGGGUCCAUUAUCCAAUCUGAGAAAGGCCACCCAAACCAUUCGCACCUUUUUACAACGUAACAGCAGUACCAAAGAUGUCCCCGUGCAAGUGGAAACGGAUGUGGAAGCGGAUAAUAUCAUUGUCAAUUGCGAGGGCAAGAUCCAAGAUGUGGCAGGAGAAGACAUCAAUCGAUCGAGUUAUGUGGUACAAAAUUGGCCUGAUGUUGAUGGUGAUGAUAUUAUGGGCGAAGACAAUGGCGCUGUGGCUACCGAGAUUGUGAUUGGCAAACGAUUGGCAUUGCACAGUGAUGGCGAAGAGGACAAUGAAGAUAAUGAAGAAGGGACACAUGUCGGCAUGCUAAGUAUGGAUGGUAAAUUCAGCAUCUAUGAUUUGAGUACGAGGGAGAUCUCAGAACGCAAUCUCUUUAUCACACACAAAUUAUUCAGCUUGGCAACAUUGGAUAUCUCAAAGUCUGCAUUAUUAUCGCCAAGUCCUCCCACUGCACAAUCAUCCAUUCGUCAAUUGUCAGCCUUUCAAACACCUUCAAGUUCGCCACAGCUACGCUUUCCAUCACCACCUGUUGCACCUGAACAACCAUAUCCAUCAGGAGGGCCCACUCCUCAUUCGAACACCGGAUCACCAGCAUAUAGCCCAACGUCCAAAUUAUCAAGAGUCCCCACCGACACGAGCGAAUAUGAUAAACAAGAGCAACAUCAUCACCCUACAAGUAAACCAUCACCUCAACACCAUCAACAAUUGGAUGAAGAUGUGGGACAACACCAGCAGCAACAUCCUGAAGUUUCGGGUGUGGAUAAUAUAAGUCUUUCAUCAGCAAAUCAUUCGAAUACCGAGCCCAGCAGCAGUCGACGUAGCAGCUAUACUACGACAGGAUGGAGCGAUGAGGAUAUCGAAUACAAUGAAGAAGAGGAGGAGACACAAGCUGAAUUGUUUGUGGCGUGUGCUUGGAACGGUGUCACAUAUCUUAUUGAUUGGAGUCAGCGUGUUGAGGAACAAGGAGGAGAUUCCAAAGUCAAAUUCCAAUUGGUCAAAUUCGCCUUUGAAGGUCGCUCGUAUGCUGUGGCACCAGGACACAAUGUGCCAUGUUUAUUCUAUGUGGACUUUGAGGAUCAGAUUUAUGUUUAUUACGACGUACGAGUGUCUCCUGGACCUGUCACCGGUUUCAUUGAUACCAUUGAUGAUGAUGUGGAAGAAGCAUUGGAGCGUAUUGUGGGAAUUGAAAGCAGCAUCAGCGCAUUGAACGCUCCCAACAAAAAACCAACACAAGAACAUCAGCAACAACAAGACUCAGAUUUAGAUGAAGUCGUUGAUUUGGGCGAUGGUUGGCGAGGCAUUGUAGAUGGUGAUGUCAAGUAUGAUGCUGGCAAAGGCGGUGAUGAUGAUGAUGAUCAAGAAUCACAUGAUGUUGAUCUGGCCGAUUUUAUCCAUGAAUGCCUUUAUGGCUUUGAGGACAUGAAAGAAAAGUUGGAGAAUCAAGCACUCUUGAUUGAAAAGAAACGAUUGAAGCAUCACUUCCCAUCAGGUGUCGAUAUGCGUCGUCUUUCGGAUUUGAAUAUUACGAUUGAACCACCUUUACAUGAACGAGAAGAUGAAGAGCUAAAGAUGAAUGAUGGAGAUGAUCGAUCAAGCCAAGCAAGCUCAACAUCCACCGCCGAACACAAUUGGACAUCCUCUGGACCCAUUGUAUUUAGUCAAAGUGAUCAUUUACAUUCACAACAACAAUCCCCAUCCGUGUAA